AUGGCGGAUCCGAUCUCGGUCUCGGCAUCCUCCGAUGAUGCUCCCAUUCAACACGAAAAACGAAUUUGGUACCGGACGACUCUUUUCAAUGCGUUCGUUAUUGGUGGAGUAGGAUUCCUGGCACCGGGAUUAUGGAAUGCCAUGAAUUCACUUGGUGCAGGUGGUGCAGAAUCACCAUUUCUGAUUAACGCGGCCAAUGCACUGGUUUUCGGUCUAAUGGGAAUUCUCUGUGUGUUUGGUGGACCGAUUGCGAAUCGCAUUGGAAUGAACUGGACUUUGCUCCUCGGUGCAGUUGGAUAUCCUAUCUACUCGGCUGCGCUUUAUACAAACAACCGCUAUGGCAAUGUUUGGUUUGUGCUAGUUGGUGCAGUCGCUUGUGGUCUAUCGGCGGGGUUGUUCUGGGCCUCUGAAGGCGCGGUUGCACUUGGAUAUCCAGAGCCUGCUAAGAGAGGCCAGUAUAUGAACAUUUGGCUAUGGUUCCGAACUGGUGGUCCGUUGGUCGGCAGUGCCAUUGUUCUUGGACUCAACCACUCCGCUGGUGCCGAGAGUAAGGGAAAGGUCGGAUCUGAAACAUACCUUAUCUUCGUUGCCUUGCAAUGUCUUGCGGUUCCAUUUGCCAUUUUCCUCACUCGGCCCGAGAACGUCCAGCGCAGCGAUGGCAGUGUUGUAAAAGUCAUUCAGCAGGAGUCGUGGCGUGCUGAAAUGAUUGAGCUCUGGAAGGUCACUCGUCGGAAGGAUAUCCUUCUGUUAUUGCCGGUAUUCUGGGCUGCUUAUUUCAACCAGUACACAGGCAAUUUUGAGACUUAUUACUUUGGAGUCAGAGCCCGUGCUUUGAUCGGACUAGUCACUUACCUUGCGGGUCUUCUCUCAUCCUGGAUCAUCAGCCGAUUCUUGGAUUACCAAAAGCUGCCUGUCAAGAGCAGAAUCAUCUACAGCUUCUACUAUGUUAUUGUGCUUCACAUCAUCGCUUGGGUGUAUGGUUGGGUUGUGCAAGAGCAGUAUACCGCAAACCCGCCUUCCCUCGAUUGGUCAGACAAGGGCUAUACGAAGGGCAUGUUCGUGAUUAUUCUUUGGCAAUUCUCUCAGCAGGCUUUGCAAAAUUGGCUCUACUACCUGCUCUCGACGAUGACUGAUAAUAUCUCGGAACUUUCCCGUUUGUCUGGUAUCCUGCGUGGCCAGGAGAGCUUUGCCCAAGCAGUGUCAUACGGAAUCAACACCCGGGAUUGGUAUGGAGGCCGAGUACCUCUCGCAGUGAACACAAUUCUACUGGGUAUUGCGGUUGUCCCAACAUGGAUUGUUAUCAAUAGCCAUUCCCCCAUUGAACACAGCAAAAAUGUGGAACUGAAUAAUGAAAGCAAAGAUGAAGAAAAGGGUACGCUAGAUGACGGCAAAUUGAAGGACAAGGAAGUCAUCAUUACCGGAGAAGUGGUCAAGACUGAAUGA